CUAUACAAUUCAAUUACCCCAACAUCUUGAAUUGUCUAUAAUGUCAAAAGCAGAGCUUGUGCUUAUCCCAACUCCAGGAACAGGACAUUUAAUCUCAGCUGUUGAAUUCGCCAAGCUCAUUAUCAAACAUGAUCAACGAAUCUCAAUUCUUGUCAUCAUCUUUCACAUACCAAUCCAUAGUACCACCACCAAAGUCAACACAUAUAUCGAGUCUCAAUCUCUUGCAGUUGACCCUCAACGCAUCACCUUCCUUACUCUCCCGUCUCUUCCCGACUCCGACAUACCAGAUCCUGCUUCAAGUAACUUCUUCAACAACAUGGUCCAACUCCAGAAGCCCCUUGUCAAACAAGCCAUCAUGGAUCGCUUAAUAAAACCGGUCGCAUUCGUGUUUGAUCUCAUGUGUGUCAACUUGGUUGACAUUGCUAAAGAAUUUCAACUUCCUUGUUAUGUUUACUUCACCGCAGGUGCAUCUUUAUUGAAUUUAAUGUUUCAUUUUCAAGCACUUUUUGAUGAUCACGGUAUUGAUAUUUCUACUGCAUAUAGUAAUCUCUCUGAUAACGUCGGGUUGGGGUUGGACUUACCCGGGUUUAGGAACCGGGUCCCUGCUAAAGUGUUACCUUCUUCGCUUUUUGACAAGGAUAGUGGGUUUGCAAUGUUUUUUAAUCAUUUGAGUCGGAAGUUUCGAGAAACUGAUGGAAUUCUUGUAAAUACUUUCAUGGAGUUAGAACCGGGUAUUAUCCAAUGUUUACAGGAACAGGAUAAGAUUCCUGAGGUUUACCCCGUGGGGCCCAUUUUAGCACUCCAUGAUGAUAACAACGGAGGUGAUCGAGAGCCGGUGAUGCGGUGGUUAGACGAGCAACCUGAUUCCUCGGUGGUGUUCCUAUGCUUCGGGAGCAUGGGAAGCUUCGAUGAGGAUCAGGUGAGGGAGAUAGCCAACGGCCUUGAUCGAUCUGGUCAGCGUUUCUUGUGGGCCCUACGAAGGCCAAUCUCUGAAAGUAGCUACGUGCUUCCUAGUGAGAAUGAGACCUUUGAAGAUGCCCUCCCACCGGGAUUCUUGGAUCGUACGGCCCAUAGAGGGAAAAUAAUCGGGUGGGCUCCACAAGUGCAGGUACUUGCCCAUCGAGCUGUGGGUGGGUUCGUGUCACAUUGUGGGUGGAACUCGAUACUAGAAGCUAUAUGGUUUGGUGUCCCGAUUGCAACUUGGCCAAUGUACUCAGAGCAACAAAUAAAUGCAUUUGAAAUGGUGAAAGAAGUACAAGUAGCCGUGGAGAUUAGGAUGGACUAUCAAAGGAAUUUAAUGAACAAGGAUGCAAAUUUUAUGGUUACAUCCUCGGAGGUGGAAAAUGGUGUGAAGAAACUAAUGAGUAUGGAUGACGCUAUGAGGGGAAGAAUAAGUAAGAUGAAGAACAUAAGUAGAGAGGUUUUAGAAUGUGAUGGAUCUUCUUAUACUUCAUUCACUUGUUUUAUCAGCAAAGUUUUACAAAGUGUUGGUGAUCAAUAAUUUUACAAUUACAUAAGUUGUGGGUAGUCUUUGAUUCUUGUUUAGCAUCGUCAAACAAGAGAUGUAUUAGAUUGUAAAAUACUAGAGCUUUUCCUAUUUUGUACUCCCUCCGUAUUCGUAUUUAUUUAAGGGAUACACAUGCCUUUUCCGGCCGUAUUUAUCUAAGA